AUGAGCGAAAUGAAGGCGACACAGCCACAGAUAUCAAUGGAGCAGGCUCAGCAGAAGCAAAUGAAGCAGCAGGAAAAGGAGCAAAUGCGUCAGUCUGUGAUGCAACAGGUGAUGCUGCCAGACGCUCGCGAGCGACUGGCUAGGAUAGCGAUCGUAAAGCCAAAAAAGGCGCGCGCAAUCGAGGAUAUGGUGAUCGAGAUGGCUCAGCGAGGGCAGUUGACGGCCAAGAUCGACGAGGAUAAGCUCAUUGACCUGCUGAACCAAGUAGGCGUCACGGAAGAAAAGCAGCGCACCAAAGUCACAAUUAAGCGACGGACGUACUUUAGUGACGAAGAGGAGGACAACGAUGAUGACGACUUUUAG